AUGUGGUCUCUGCUCCCCGUGUGUCCUGGGCUCACGGCUCGGACCCUCUCUUGGCAGGUCAUGGGGCCAGAGUCUGCUCCUAGAGCACAAGGCCAGAAGAGAGCCCUGUGGGCAGCCAGUCUGACCUCCUGGAGGGAACAGGCCAUUGGGCUUCCUUGGGCAGCCUCAGGGUUGCCGUCAGCACUGAGGGAGACACAGACCUCACCUGCAUCCAUGUUGUGUCUUGUUAUCUUUGCAGCUCACGCCCUUGGCCUAGCCGCAGCUGCACAGAAGGCCGUGCUGACCCUGAACCCUCCCUGGAGUACCGUGUUUAGGGGCGAGAGUGUCACUCUGUCAUGCAAGGGAUCCCGCCCUCCUGGAAGCACCCCCACCUCUUGGUGUUUGGAGGGAUAUUCCUGGAUAUCAACAGAAACAAACCUCCAAAUUAAAGCUGCACAAAUGGAAGAUGCAGGAAAAUACCAGUGCAAGACCAGUGACUCUACAUGGAGUGACCACAUCGAGCUGACUGUUUCCAGCGGCUGGCUGAUUCUCCAGGCCCCGCAUUAUGCAGUGUUCGAGGGGGACCGGCUGCUUCUGAGAUGUCGUGUGUGGAGGGGUGGUGAAGUGUCUGGGAUGAGAUACUACAGAGAUGGAGCAGACAUCACACCAAGGCCUGUUCAGCCCAGUUAUACUAUUGAUCAAGCAAAGACAACAGACAGUGGCACAUACCGAUGUGAAGGAGAAGUGUUAUCUGGUUCUCUUUAUUUUAUAAGAUAUUCUAAUGAGGUGCUGGUUCUUGUCCAAGAGCUGUUUUCAACACCCGAGCUGAGGGUGGCCGGCUCAGCUGAAGCCAGGGAAGAAAGCCCACUGACCCUACGGUGUGUCACGCAGCCCAAGCCCUGGACAUCAGACCUACAGCUUCAGUACUCCUUCUACAAGAGCAGCACGAUUGUGAGAGGACCAGAGAGCUCCCCUGUGCACCACAUCCCAGCAGCAAGCCUGGCAGACUCAGGACCCUACUUUUGUGUGGUGCAGACAGUGACCUCAAGUGUAAGGAAACAGAGCCCUGAGCAAGGAAUCAAGGUUAAACGAGUCCCUGUCUCCGGAGUCACCCUGGGGGUGCAGCCCCGCAAGGGGCAGGUGGUGGCAGGGGAGCGGCUGGUGCUGAGCUGCUCCGUGGCUGCGGGCACGGGGCCUCUCGCCUUCUCCUGGCACCGGGAGGGCUCUGGCCUGGCUCUGAGGACAGAGACUUUGCGCUCACGGAGGAUGGACUAUGAGAUCCCUGCUGCCAUGGAGAGAGAUGCCGGGGAGUAUUACUGCGCUGCCUCGAAUGGCCACGACCCGGUCCUGAGCCCACGGGUGACAGUCACAGUGUGGGUGCCUGUGACUGGAGCUAACAUUAUCAGAGAUAAGCCAGAGCUGGUGCUCACAGUGGGAGAAAGCCUGAAUCUCAGCUGCUCGGUGCAGGUGGGGACGGACCCAGCAUUCAGGUGGCUUCACAAUGCCCAGGAGCUGGACGUGGCCUCAGGGCUGGGUCUGCUCAGUCCUGUGGGACACGUCCUGUAUGUGGAGUCAGUGCAGCUGGGCCAUGCGGGGAAUUACCAAUGCAUCGCCAGCAACCAGUUCAGCCUGGAGAGAGUCUUCCAGGCCUCCAGCAAGAUUCUGGCCAUCACCGUGAGAGAGGAUGCGAGUACCUGGGUGGCUGUGGGUGUGACUGUCACCCUCCUGUGUCUGGCCGGUGCCACUGUGGCUGCCGUGGUCUGCGUCAGGCACCAGCAGAAAGCAGGGGAGAUAUGUUUCAGUGCCUGGUGGAGGAGCACGCCUGGCCCAGUCCAGCAGGAGCCCCCUGCCCAUGGGCUGCUUCCUCCAGCUACCCUGGGGUCCAGUGAGCUGGAGCUAGAGUAUGCCAAUGUGUGUCCCCAGGAGCAGGGGAGCAGAGACGUGAUCUAUUCCAUUGUCAGCAUCCAGAAAAGAAGUGGCGCCAAGCCCACAGGAACCUCCCAGAUGGAUAAUGGACACCUUGUCACCUAUGCUGUGCUCUGUAGUCCCAAGCCCUCCUGGGAUUCAGCCACCAAAGUGAGGGCAUCAGAAGGGGGGGACCAAUCCAAGAGCGACAUUUAUGAGACCAUUACCCACCUUUGACCUGCGCUGACCCCAGCAUGAGCCCUCAAUGUCUGGGACAUCCCAUGCUGCUCAGUAACACUUCACUAUCCACCUGGCCUGCAAAAGAGAGCACAGGGCGCAAGGGCUGCAACCACAGGAGCUGAUGCCCAGCCUGGUGCCUCCAGUGGCAGCAUAGCAGUGGCUGUGGCUGUAGCUCUGUACUGAGCAGCUGCUGCCAUGCCCGAGGGCAGCAUGCCCAGAAAGCCAGGGCUGAGCUGGGCAACUGGCUGAGUUAGGGUUUCUUGGCCUGGAUGGAGGGAGCCCGGGCAGCAGCCUUGAUCUGCUGCAUUCCCUGGAGUGGGGUCUCUGACCCUUCUGUCCUCACCCCAGAGGUUGCUGCUGUCACAAACCCAUCUACCGAGCAUGCCAGAGCUUAAGAUGCAAGGACACUUGUAUAUGUUAUGACUUGUUGGCAUACACGUUAUGAAACGGUAUGAAAAAUCACCACUUCUCUAGCUCAGUUGUGUAACCAAAUACAUGUACACGCUUCUUUUUCAUGUCAGAUUUUGAUUUAUCAUGACAAGUUAGACCACCUCCGAGAUGUUUUAUUUUUACCA